AUGCAGUCUACCGUGCAGGGCUCGUCCCAUUCUCUGGUGUUCCCCGGUUCUACCUCAUCACAAGCCCAGUGGUCCGAUCCAGACGAGAAACAGCUCGACCAUCCUGCAGGUGCAGGCGGCGCAUCCCGUUGGACUUCGCUUGACCCCGGCCUUCAGGACUGGACUAAGUACACUCUUCGAAAGAGGCCAUGGCGACGAAGAGUGACCGACUUCAAACAGAUUGUGGAAGCGAAAUAUCGAGGAAGCGGGACUCCUGGGGAUCCGUUUGUCGUGCAAUGGCUCGAUCAUGACCCGGAGAACCCAAAGAACUACAGCAGCUUGUUCAAGUGGCUGAUGACGUUCCUCCUGGCCUUCAUGACCCUGUGCGUGUCGUUGGCAUCGUCGGCGUAUACCGGCGCCGCAGGUCUGAUCAUUCCCGAGUUCCAUUGCAGCCACGAGGUCUUCCUGCUGGGCUUGAGUCUCAUGGUCGCUGGCUUCGCGCUGGGACCACUGAUGUGGGCACCGCUUUCAGAGGCCGUAUCUCGUCGAGACAUCCUCUUGAUUGCGUUGGGCCUCUAUAUCAUCUUCACGGCAGUCUGCGCGGCGGCACAGAGCAUUACGGCGCUCAUCAUUCUUCGUCUGCUGUGCGGCACCAUGGGCUCCGCUGCCUUUGUUAUCCCAGGCGGGCAGCUCUCCGACAUGUUUGAAGCAGAGCAACGCGGUAUGGCCCAAGCUGUCUACGCAGCGGCUCCCUUCUUAGGCCCGACUUUGGGACCGAUGAUCGGUGGGUUCUUGAGCCCGGCUGCAGGAUGGCGAUGGCUCUUUGGGUUUCUUGCCCUGUAUGCUGCCGUGUUGACAUUCUUUGGAAUUAUAUUCGUCCCAGAGACAUAUGCACCAGUCCUGCUGCGGCGAAGGGCAAAGCUUCUCUCAAAAGCCACCGGGAAGGUGUAUAUGACCAGAAUCGAUAUCGAGCAACCACUUGUGUUGAAAGAGGUGGUGAAGCGAUCACUCGCUCGACCAUGGGCUCUUCUCUUCCGCGAACCGAUUGUGUUACUUCUCUCGAUCUACAUGGCCGUCGUAUACGGGACUCUUUACCUGUUCUUCGCGGCCUUCCCCAUUGUCUUUCAGCAAGGCUACGGUUGGAAUGCGGGAGAAGAGGGUCUCGCAUUUCUCGGGAUCAUGGUAGGAAACCUCCUAGCCGUCGGCGUGAUCAUCAUGGACAACAAGCGAUACAUCCGCAUCUCCAAAGCCCAUGGUGGCUUCGCACCGCCUGAAUCCCGCCUCCCGCCCGUCAUCUUCGGAGGUGUCAUCGCCAUCGUCGGCUUGGCUUGGUUUGCUGCCACCGCGGACCCAAGGAUUCAUUUCAUCGUUCCCGUUCUUUCGGGAUUACCGUUCGGAAUCGGGUUUAUCUUGGUCUUCAUGUGCUGUUCCAACUACCUUGUCGACUCUUAUGUGAUCUACUCUGCCUCCGUCCUCGCCGGCAACUCCAUCCUCCGCUCGACAUUCGGUGCUGUGUUCCCACUCUUUGCGACCUACAUGUACGACAGUCUCGGCGUCCAUUGGGCGUCCGCCGUCCCCGGCUUCAUUGCUCUUGCCUGUUUCCCCUUCCCGAUCUUUUUCUACAAGUAUGGCGAGAGCAUUCGACGGAGGUGCAAGUACUCAGCCGAGGCGGCAAGGUUCCUGGACAGUCUGAAGAGUGAUCUUGAGCGUCAACAGAGCCGGGCAAGUAAGGCCGAGGAGGUAGGAGUUGGAGUGGCCGACGGGGAACGGAAUGAUGUGUCUUCCUGA